ACAGGCGCAGAAGUAGAACAACGAUACAGACCAAAAAUGGCGAAUUUGCAAGUGUUAAUGUUGAUAUUGAUUGAAGUCGGUUCAUACGUUUCUCUGCGUUUUUGUGCUGCUCAUGGUUCUGAUAGUUUGUUAUCAAACAAACACAGCGAGAAAACAGCUGAGAAAACGGAAGGUAAGGACUGCUUGUCUUCGAAAAAUGAGCUCAAUGUGAAAUCUUUCCUUUGCAGUGGUUCCUCGUAUUAAAACAGUGUGAUUAAAAAUUGCUUCAAAAAUAGAUCAAACAGUGAUAGAACUGCAAAGGCCGGUCAUGGAGAUUCAAGUGCUAAUAUUUUUCAGCGCGUUGUAUUGUGUACAGCUUAACUGCUAUUAUUGUCUCCUGAUUCUAAGAUUAAACGAUAAAAGUGGUCACUGUUUUGUUAUUAACAGAAAAAUUAACUUGCUGGUUUCUACGAAAUUUCUCUGCAAACCUUGGCAACCACUUGUUGUGGCGUUGUAAGCCGAAAUUAUCAUAGGUUUAACAUUGUCAUAAGGUAAACACAGUGAGCAGCAGUAAGGAUGCUUUACCUUUGAGCAAAAAUAAAAUCUUAAGUACUGCUUGACACCCUGGAUUUCCUAUUAUAUACAUGCAGGUUCCAAAUUUAAGAGGGGCUGACUGACCCUACAGUGUAUUUUAGAGCACACAGGCUUAAAAAAUUACUCUUUAAAAUUAUUGCUACCAUCUUGGACAAAAAUGUUGAGAAAAUUGCAUACUUGGGGAACAUUUUUCCAAACAUUGUAGCUGUACCGGUUCUUCCCUCUCCCCCUUCCCCUGAAAGCAAUGUUGUUGUGUAUUCAAAAGAAAGCCUGAUCCCUGGGCAUUUGUAGGAAGCAACAUUGAACUGGGGGAAGGGGAUUUCUUUCCUCAAAGUCGUCGUUUUGGAAAUAGUUUUGUUGUAUAGGAAAGUGGACAUAAUGGGGAAAACUUUCUCAAGUAGUUUUGUCCGGGAUUGUAGCACUAUAUCUGGUCAUUUAGCCCAAAAGCCAAUUUACCCAAUGUGUUUUAAGACAGACACCUUUGGCACCAGCAGUUAGUGUCUGUCUAAAGAGAUGUCCAUUUUAUGGAGAGUCAAAUAGAGGGGGUAAAGAAAGGUAGGUACCAACCUGAAUUGGCUGUUUUAAUUGACAGAGGUGUCUGUCUUACAGAGGUGUCCAUCAAGAGAGAGUCAACUGUAUUUAUUGUUUUUAGGAUAGGGUAGGAUAGGAUAAUUAAUUUUAUGUCAAAGACGUAGGAAGUGAUUACUCAAUCUUCCAAGCCAGGGGCUCAUGUUAAAAACCCUUGAAAAUACCAAACAAAAAACAUAUGAAUCAUACAUAGAAAAAUCUAAAAAACAUAACUAUUAAAAUUAAGUACAUCAUUAUCUUUUUUAAAAACAUUGAGACAUCUUGAAAAAGAGAAAAACCUAGAUGAAUUGUCUAAAUCUCUACAAUGGCAUCAACAAUUUUUCUUAAUCCUGAAAAAAAGGUAUAUUUACUACAGAGAUGCCAAUUUCUGGAAAUUUAAAAUCUUGAGACUGUCUCAUUUGCUGCAGCUCACUGUCCCCCCAAUUUGAACAUACCCCAUCCCUGAAACACACAAAUUGAUUCAUUCCUCUAAUCAUUACAGGUUGUACAUUGUAUGUGGGUGUGGCUCAAGACAUUAUUGUGGUAUAAGAGGAACUUCAAAUAUUGAAGUAAACUUGUGUUUCCUCAGAGUUCUGCUAAGAUGAUUGAUGGCAGUGAAAGAUGCAAAUGCUAGUUGGCUUUUGAACUUCAGAGUUCACUUGUGUUUGAAAAGCACAUUAAAGAACUGAUUUUCAGGCACAGCCUCUGAAAAUUAGCCUUCUUGUGUAUCAAACUUGAUUUUUCCAUCAGAGAUAAAAGGGGCUCAAUUUUGGUCGAGUGUGUAUUUGCACCUUUUCUUCAAACUAUACUGGUACAUUAAACUGUCUUGAGUCCUCUUGAUCCAACAUCAGACAAAAAUAGUGAUAUAGGGUAUAUAAACACAUUGCUGUUAUUUUUUGUUUACCCAUAACGUAAAUUAUAUUUUUAAUAUAAUUUUCUGUGCAGGAGAAUGGGCAUGGAUUGGUGGAAGUGAUCACGGAAACCAAAAAAAUAAACUUCAUGGCAGUCAUGACUACCCAGGAAGCAGAUUUGGAGCAUCAAGUUGGCAAGAUUCAGAUGGCAUUGUGUGGAUUUAUGGAGGACAAAAGUAUGGGAGAAAUACACCUUUGGACGAACUAUGGUCUCUUGAUGUCAAAACCCAGGACUGGAAUUUUCAUCACUUUGAAAACAAAACUACCAGCAAACAGCAGCCACCUCCAUGCUUUGGUUGUGCUUCUUGUCACUAUGGAAAUAGGGUUGUUGUUUUUGGACUUUCCAGUACAUCUAUUUUUCAUAUGGAAAAUAAANUCCUCUAAUCAUUACAGGUUGUACAUUGUAUGUGGGUGUGGCUCAAGACAUUAUUGUGGUAUAAGAGGAACUUCAAAUAUUGAAGUAAACUUGUGUUUCCUCAGAGUUCUGCUAAGAUGAUUGAUGGCAGUGAAAGAUGCAAAUGCUAGUUGGCUUUUGAACUUCAGAGUUCACUUGUGUUUGAAAAGCACAUUAAAGAACUGAUUUUCAGGCACAGCCUCUGAAAAUUAGCCUUCUUGUGUAUCAAACUUGAUUUUUCCAUCAGAGAUAAAAGGGGCUCAAUUUUGGUCGAGUGUGUAUUUGCACCUUUUCUUCAAACUAUACUGGUACAUUAAACUGUCUUGAGUCCUCUUGAUCCAACAUCAGACAAAAAUAGUGAUAUAGGGUAUAUAAACACAUUGCUGUUAUUUUUUGUUUACCCAUAACGUAAAUUAUAUUUUUAAUAUAAUUUUCUGUGCAGGAGAAUGGGCAUGGAUUGGUGGAAGUGAUCACGGAAACCAAAAAAAUAAACUUCAUGGCAGUCAUGACUACCCAGGAAGCAGAUUUGGAGCAUCAAGUUGGCAAGAUUCAGAUGGCAUUGUGUGGAUUUAUGGAGGACAAAAGUAUGGGAGAAAUACACCUUUGGACGAACUAUGGUCUCUUGAUGUCAAAACCCAGGACUGGAAUUUUCAUCACUUUGAAAACAAAACUACCAGCAAACAGCAGCCACCUCCAUGCUUUGGUUGUGCUUCUUGUCACUAUGGAAAUAGGGUUGUUGUUUUUGGACUUUCCAGUACAUUUAUUUUUCAUAUGGAAAAUAAAUACUGGACUGCCUUGCGCAACCUUUCGGUGUCUCCAUCUCCGAGAAGUCAUUCUGCAUACUGGUGUGACUCUGCUAAAGGAAUAUUGUGGAUUUUUGGUGGGCAAACCUUGAAAGAGAAAUUUGGUGAUUUCUGGAGGUUUUCAUUUCAAGAAAUGCAAUGGAUUGAAGUCAAGCCACCAAGCAACACAAGCGUGGUUCCAGAUAAGUGCUCUAAAGCGUCUGCAUGGAUUCUUUCUUCUGGUGAUCUCUACAUGUUUGGUGGUUCAACACAGUCUGGCCUUACAUCGCAUUUCUGGCAGUUUUCACCAAACUCAACAGAGUGGACAAAGCUUAGUGGAACAACUGGUCUUAACAACUGUGCUGGAAAGUAUGGAAAAAUGGGAAUCACUUCCAAGAACAACUACCCUGGUUGCAGGGAAGGUGCUGCUACGUGGGUGAAUGAACAAGGAGAUCUGUUGGUGUUUGGUGGCUCAGGAUUUGAUAACUUUUCACGUGGACCCUUUGCAGAGCCUGGUCUCUUGUCAGAUUUCUGGAUGUUUGAGAUGUCAAGCCAUCAGUGGGUAUGGAUUGGAGGAUUAAGCAGAGGAGAAGGUGUGCCAGUCUUUGGAGAAAAGGGGAAGUCAGAUCCGCAUAAUAUCCCUGGUCCACGAGAGAGUCCUGUUUCAUUUUCCUUUGCCAACCAACUUUGGCUCUUUGGAGGAGAAGGGCAUGAUGUUAAACAAAGGGAUGGUAUCUUGAAUGACUUGUGGAUGUAUGAGCAUGUCACUGAAAACGUUCCGGGGGACACAUUAAAUAUCUCAUUUGGUUUUAGAGUGCUAAUUGCCCUUUUUGUCCUGACACUGGUCUUGGUGCUGUCAGUUUGUCUGUGCUACAGCAAGGAAUGUCGCGUUUUCCGGUGGAGGCGUGGCCUUCGUCCAGUCGUAAAGUACAAACCUGUAAAGGUUGACAUGAGGCAGGUAGAGCAGCCUGAGGUACAUCCUCCAUUGGAUGAACCACCUACAAUGUAGUACCAACUUCAGUGUGACAGUGUCGCCACCUGGCUUUCCCUGAUAGAAUGUUGAGACACAGAAAGAUCAGUGCCUUUCCUAAGAUUUUCAUCUUAGAAGGGUGUCCAUCUCACAGUGGUGUUCCCUAUGAAAAUAUUUACUGCAUCAAGAUGUAGAAAGUAAGGUAUCAUAUAUUGUGCACAUUGUAGCAGAAGUACAAGAUGUUAUUUUGAAAUUUUGGUACUAAACUCUAGCAGGGAAAACUUUCAAAGGUAUAAUAAGAUACAAAACUUCAUCUCUGUUACAUGUGCGGGUCAAUUAAUUUGAUUUCAGAUUAAUUUUUUUUUAACCUAGGGUGAUUCUCAAUUUCCUUUGUUGUCUAUAGCUAGGAGACAAAGGAUAUUGAAAAUCAACUUAGGUUAAAGCAAAAUUUAUAACCCGAAAUCAAAUUUGACUUGUAAUAUCAUUCUUUAAAUCGAACUACAUACAUUGUAAAUCGAUUGUAUAUGUAUUAAGUAUAUGUAUCUUAAGUAGUACUGUAGAUGACAUGUAGUACGUUAAACACUUAACGACUGGUCCCAAGGGAAACAGCUAAUUUUGUUUGCUGAGAAACUCAAUGUCAUUGAGNUUCUCAAUUUCCUUUGUUGUCUAUAGCUAGGAGACAAAGGAUAUUGAAAAUCAACUUAGGUUAAAGCAAAAUUUAUAACCCGAAAUCAAAUUUGACUUGUAAUAUCAUUCUUUAAAUCGAACUACAUACAUGGUAAAUCGAUUGUAUAUGUAUUAAGUAUAUGUAUCUGUUUAAGUAGUACUGUAGAUGACAUGUAGUACGUUAAACACUUAAUGACUGGUCCCAAGGGAAACAGCUAAUUUUGUUUCCUGAGAAACUCAAUGUCAUUGAGAUUUAAAGCUGGAAAUUCAUUAAACCUCGCUGUAACAGCAGUCAUUGGUCAACAUUCACGGGUAACAGUGCUCUGUUACCCUCUGACGUCAUAGAUUUUGCAAUGUUGCCUUCUCAGACAUUUUGGCAGGAAACAGUUUCACUGUUAGGUGUCAUGUAUCCAAUUUGCACGCUGUUGGAAAAAUUUCCAGCUAUAUAACAAUGCAGAUUAUACAUGUACAUUGUAGUAAAAACAUAAGAUAUUUGGCACAUGAAAAUAACUGUUAACCAUCAUGAGAAUUGUCUGUUUCUUGUUUAACCAUAAGAGAACUAUGGUAAUUGAUUUUUCUUUACUCUUAAGUCUUAAGUUAUUGUUUGCAGUUACAAGUCUUGGAGCUGCUUAUUGUAACGCAUCGUUCAUUGUAUUUAAAAAAUAGUGGACAGCCCUCAUAAUAACCUGUGUUGCAGAUGUAGUUUAACCUUGGGCCCAGUUGCUCGAAAGCCGAUGAGCGCUAACCUGGGGUGAAAAUUUAACUUGGGUUUUUAUUUCUUUUGUUCAAAAACAUUGUCUCAGAUAAUUGUUUCUAUUGUUUUUAGAGCAUCUAAUCAUUAAUCACAAAUAGACAAAAAGAAUUAAACUGAGACCGGCCCUGACUAGUAACGACUGCAAAGUAGUAGCAAGAUCCUUUUUCUGGGCUUCCAAUGGGCUCAACAUAUUACCAGAAGUGUGUUUCAAAUUUCCAUUUUAACCUGCUUGGCAAAUUGAAAAUGGCUUUCUUAACAACCCAAUCAUGAUGAGUAACCAAAUCCUUGUACACAGGUGGGGUCUUGAAUAAUGAAUUGGGCAUUGGCUCGCAGAUGGACGUAACCAGAGGUUUAGUUUCAUCUGUGGUGCAGGCUAUGUGUAUUUCAGCCAGCAAGGGUGUGCUUAUAUGAUACUAUACUGUGAUGUAUAACAACGUUAGCACAUAGAUUGAAUGUAAAUAGUUUGUGCCCCCAGUAGUCAUUAUUUAUAUGAUUAAAAUAGUAUAUUUAUUUUCAGAGAAAUAGUACUCACAUUAACUCACAUUUCAGAGUGCUCUACAUAAAGAACGUUAAACGAAAAAAUGGCCAUCUAAUGGUCAGAUAUCAUAAUAAAUACUACAAAUUUAAUUUGAUUUAUCCCAGGAUAAGCAUAUUAAUAACACUGUAAGCAAGGCUGCAUUGUGAGUGAGGUGUACUGGAAUAAAUCAUUUUUUAGGCAAGUGUGACAGUAAAAGGUAGAAAAUACAUUGUUUCUUUUUAUGUAUACCAGACCAGGAGUGGAUCCAUGUUUUUUUCUUAGGAGGGGUGCACCACUAAGGAAUAGCGUAACUGACUGGUGAUGUGACCUGCCAAACUACCACUGUUUUACGCCAUUAAUAUAAAUUCUUCAACGUUGUCUCAUGUUUAACUUCAACACCAAUAAACCACAUAAUUUUUUGCAGAAUAUCAAUCAUAUUUAAAAGCGGCAGGUCAUCUCAGAGGGGGGCAGGGUGCAUACCCCCUGCACCCUUUCCCCUGGCCUACAUCCGCCCCUGCAGACGGUUAAAGUUGCAUUGUUCUGGUUUGGUCUGGCUUAUCACUGGUCAGAUACAUACUCAGAGGGGAAGGGCCAGGUACUCCCAUACAUGGGCUAGAUAGGUACACACGUGCUGCCUGAUAGGGUUGGGUGUUUUUAGGGCUCCCCACCUUAAAUACGGUAUCAUUCAAAUAAUGAUCUGCCCUUGUUAGUGCUGUGUUCCCAGUGUGAACCUUAGAUUCCAUCAGCUAAAAUCCAAGUGUGUUACCCAAGAAACAAAUCAAAACUGAACUUUAACUAAAAAAAGAGUACCAGGAAAGUGAUUUAAAGAAGAUUUGUGUGUUUCUUUCUCAGAUUUUGUUUUUCCCUGGUUCUUUCCUAUUUUCCAGGUUUGGGCGCCCUUAAACUCAUGGAAUCAGUUUUUGUUUGUCUCAUACUUCUACAGGGCCAGGGUUUUUUUAAGACCCUGGGCAGCACACUUCUAUCCAAAAUAUAUGACAGUACCCCCCCCCCUCUUCCCCCAUUGGAUACAUGUAAGUGCCCAGAUUGAUAAAUACCAUUCAUUAGGCACCCCCUGCCCCCCAAUACACUCAGAAUUUAAUUGUCCUAAGAAGCCAGAGCUUUGGAUCUGCAGUCCGCCACUCAAACCACAAGACUACUAAGGAUUUGCUGGCACGAAGUGGUUUGAGUUUGAAGUAUAUAGCAUCAACCUUAACCGUAAAUAGAAGCUAACCGUUUUUCGUGUCAGUGCUUAACCCUUAUCACUAUUCUUAAGGCUUAAGGUGAUUCCCUAGUUUUGCACUGCGCAUCUCUUACUGCGCAUAACAAGAUGGCCGCCGUAAAAAAGAGCAUGUGAAGUAAUAUUAUUAAAAUGGAGUUGACUGAAAAGAAACGCUAUUGGAAUUUUUGCUUGCUGUUUUUUCUUGCCAAGGUGAGACUCAGUGUGUUGGGAAUGUGCAUAACGUAAGCAGUACGCGUGUGGCUGAGUUCGACCUCCUCUCGGAGAACCUCGAUAGUGGAUGUUUAACUUGUGCUUACUCACUUUGAUUUUCAUUUAAACACUUUCUUUAUCACAUUGUGUCCUAAAUGUGAUAUCUCGAUGUAAAUUCUGUAAAAACGGAUUUUUUAAUACUUUCUUCCCCCUUUCACAUACAUUCUAUUUUGAAACUCGCCCCAGUCCUCUCUCAAAAAUCGGAGAAAAUGCGUUUGGUGCGCACUUUCUGCAGCUCUACCGCAAAAACGAGUACGGUGACCCCCAUUUUUUAUUUCAUGAUUUUAAUAAGGACAGUGCUUCCUUUCGAUGAGAAAAAAAUUGGCACAAAUCUAUGUUCAGUUUUUUGGCAAUUUUACUAAAUUGUACGGAUUGAGCCAUCACGGGUCGAAAAGCGCGCGUCCAAUUUAAUUCUACUUUGGAGCGUAAAGUAAAAACAAGGGCAUUAAAAGGCAUUUUUCUGGUACGUAAGUGGAUAAACAAUACAUUAAAGUCAAAUUCUGUGUGAUGUCACAUGCAUCAUCGAAAAAAUCUCUCCUUUUUGUCUAGUUUUGCGCUGCCCGCGGUUUUUGUAAAAGGGUCCUAAAUAGCCGUAUUUGUCAGCAUUGUGACGUCAAAACGAGCACGGUGACCUCCACUUUUUAUUACUUUUUUAUCAUCUUCUUGACUUGUUACAUCAGUGUACCAAGUUUUAGCUAAAAUCUAUGUUAGGUUCUUUUACUAUGGAAUCACCUUAAACCUAAUCAGUAUUUCAGUGCUCAGCCAUAUAUGCGGCUCCUUCCUUUGUAAAGAAUGAGUUUGUGUAUGAAUCAUAAUGUGUCUACGUCAUUUGGAGUAUGAGGAUGGCGGAUUCCUUGACGGAACCCGUUUGUUUGGAAGAUUUUGAGAGUUACGCGAGGCAGUACUUGCCUAAUCAUGCAUUUGAGUUUUUUGCUGGAGGUGCAAACGAGGAAACUACCAUAAGAGAAAACGUGGAGGCAUUUAAAAGGUGCGAGAACAUUCAGAACGGUCGUUUCGCCUGCGAGUCGUUUCGCCAGAGUUCUGUUCGCCAACGUCUUAUGUCGUUCUGCUAAGAAGCGAAACGAGUGUUCUCUCAGCCAUGAUACAAAAAAGUGCGAUGUCUAUGUAUAUACCUCGUUCUUUCAGCCACUGAUCAGGCGAAAGCAGCUAGGGAACCCCGGGAGGCGGGGGGGGGAAGGCCGGGGGGGGGGUACUCCCAUACAUUACCUAUACGGGUAUGUGCCGCCCAACGGGGUCGUGAUUUUAAAGCUCCUGGUUUAGAAAGGGGUAUCCAUUUAAGAGACGUUUUCUAGAACGGGGUAUAAUAUUUCGAACGCAUGAAAGCUCCAGUUUUGUAAGCAGCCAUUUGAAAUUAUUCAAGGACAGAUUGUAUUAAAAAUACGGCUCAAUGCGUUACUGAAGCAAACUGUUAUACUCUUGUUGCACCCUAGAACGGAGUAUAAAAAAUUGGCCCAUUUAUAGAACGGGGUAUCAGUUUUAGGGCGAAUUCUAGAACAGGGUAUAAAAAAUUGGCCCAUUUCUAGAAUGGGGUAUCAAUUUUAGGGGAAUUUUGUUUUAGAACGGGGUGCCAAUUUGGAGUCCCAGGUGGCACAUACGCACCCAAAAAAUACCCAAGUGCCUCCCCCCUCCCCCUCCCGGGGGGAAGGCUAGUCCCUUAUAUAAGCCAUAUAGGUAUGUGCCGCCCAAUUGGGUAGGGUUUUUGCACCGUUUUGGUCCGAAAUACACUUUGCCCAUUUUGCUUUGGAAUCGGGAAUCUAAAUUAGUAGAGGAGUAUUUUCUCAAGACGGAAAAGGAGACUCAAAGUGAUAGACCUCUGGCAAAAAUUCAUCUUAAAAAAUUCAGGGUGGUCCACAGGGGUAGUCAAUGGACUGGGUCCAUACAGGUGGUCCAUGGAUUGGGGGUGCAUGUUUUGUAUAGGUCCAUCGUGGUCAAAUACAGUACAGCAGCAAGACACACUUAACUUAAAGGGCCCAGAAGACAGGAACAGAAUGGUGAAAUAAUGUUAGGAUCUUUGAAGGCUCAUGUACAACUGAAUUUCAGGCUGAGAAUACGACCACGAGUUCUUCGUGGCAUUUCAGAGGUGGACCUUUCAACUACAGUUCUUGGAGAAAAAGUUAGCUUGCCAAUUGGUAUUGCACCAACAGCAACUCAGAAACUUGCCCACCCCGAUGGUGAGCAAGCCACUGCAAAAGGUAAUAUUUUACUAGUAUGCAAGCUAAAAUAAGACCUAGCUCAGGGGGUCCUUUUUACAUUUUUUUAAGUUGUUGGGAAACUGUUAGCACAGGCUACAGCUGUAUCAGAACGUUGCACUAAUUUCUAGAAUUAAAAUCGAGGGGAGCGUAAGGGUUUGCUGUGAUGCAGUUUUGCUCAAUAAUUUAUUGGUGCAGUUUUGUGGAAAUUUUCAUUUCAAGUUAUGGUAUUGUGGUUUUACAAAACCAAGCAGUUUGCAGUAUUUAGAUAUUUUGGGGUAAUUUAACUGCAGUUUGCGGUUUUCUCACGUUAUUCUGUGGGCGGUUUAUGUAUUUCUGUACAGUUUUGCGGUGUUUGUCAAGUUCCCCCUCACCCCCCCUCCUCUCCUCUGGAGAAAAAUAAUAAUGUGUACAAUGUAUAAUAACAGAUUAUAUUGUUUUGCAGCUGCUUCUAAGGCAGGGACUUGCAUGAUACUCAGCUGUGUUGGAUCCACGUCACUAGAGGAUGUUGCAACCAUGGCUCCUGAGUCAGUUAAAUGGAUGCAACUUUAUAUACUGAGCUCCCAAGAAAUGACAAAAAAGAUUGUUAAACGUGCAGAAAAAGAAGGAUAUAAAGCAAUUGUCAUGACUGUUGAUGCAACUGUGAGAGGAAAGAGACAGAAAGAUGUCAGAAAUCAUUCCUUUCUGUUACCUCAUCUCAUGAAUAUUCCUAAUGUUGAUCCAGCAAAAAUGGUAGAUGCAUUCUCAAUUUCCUUUGUUGUCUAUAGCUAGGAGACAAAGGAUAUUGAAAAUCAACUUAGGUUAAAGCAAAAUUUAUAACCCGAAAUCAAAUUUGACUUGUAAUAUCAUUCUUUAAAUCGAACUACAUACAUUGUAAAUCGAUUGUAUAUGUAUUAAGUAUAUGUAUCUUAAGUAGUACUGUAGAUGACAUGUAGUACGUUAAACACUUAACGACUGGUCCCAAGGGAAACAGCUAAUUUUGUUUGCUGAGAAACUCAAUGUCAUUGAGUUUCAAAGCUGGAAAUUCAUUAAACCUUGCUGUAACAGCGGUCAUUGGUCAACAUUCGCGGGUAACAGUGCUCUGUUACCCUCUGACGUCAUAGAUUUUGCAAUGUUGCCUUCUCAGACAUUUUGGCAGGAAACAGUUUCAUUGUUAGGUGUCAUGUAUCCAAUUCGCACGCUGUUGGAAAAAAUUUCCAGCUAUAUAACAAUGCAGAUUAUACAUGUACAUUGUAGACCAUUGUUAGCCAUCACAAGAAUUGUCUGUUUCUUGUUUAACCCCAAGAGAACUAUGGUAAUUGAUUUUUCUUUACUCUUAAGUUAUUGUUUGCAGUUGCAAGUCUUGGAGCUGCUUAUUGUAACGCAUCUUUCAUUGUAGUUAAAAAAUAGUGGACAGCCCUAAUAAUAGCCUGUGUCGCAGAUGUAGUUUAACCCUGGGCCCAGUUGCUUGAAAGGCGAUGAGUGCUAACCCGGGGUGAAAAUUUAACUCGGUUUUUUAUUUCUUUUGUUUGAAAACAUUGUCUCAGAUAAUUGUCUCUAUUGUUUUUAGAGCAUCUAAUCAUUAAUUACAAGUAGACAAAAAGAAUUAAACUGAGACCGGCCCUGACUAGUAACGACUGCAAAGUAGUAACAAGAUCCUUUUUCUGGGCUUCCAAUGGACUCAACAUAUUACCAGAAGUGCAUUUCAAAUUUCCAUUUUAACCUGCUGGGAAAUUGAAAAUGGCUUCCUUAACGACCCAGUCAUGAUGAGUAAUCAAAUCCUUGUACACAGGUGGGGUCUAGAAUAAUGAAUUGGGCAUUGGCUCGCAGAUGGACUUAACCAGAGGUUUAGUUUCAUCUGUGGUGCAGGCUAUGUGUAUUUCAGCCAGCAAGGGUGUGCUUGUGAUACUAUACUCUGAUUUAUAACAACGUUAGCACAUAGAUUGAAUGUAAAUAGUUUAUGACCCCAGUAGUCAUUAUUUAUAUGAUUAAAAUAGUAUAUUUAUUUUCAGAGAAAUAGUACUCACCUUAACGGCACAUUUCAGAGUGCUCUACAUAAAGAACAUUAGAAAGAAAAAAUGGCCAUCUAAUGGUCAGUUAUGAUAAUAAAUGCUACAAAUUUAAAGGGGCUGUGUCACGGCAGUCCAGUUCAUUUUGUUUAAUUUUGCUAAUUACUCGCCCUCAAUCACUAUGGAACUUAAAGUAAGCAAAGAAAUUACAUGUAAAUGACAAAAUCAGAAACCCGAAACAAGCAUAUAUGUCUCCUGAGCAUUAUUCUUGAAGUUGCAAGCAUCAGGGAUCAACUUUGAAAAACUGUUAGGCUGAACAGUUUUUAAAAAUCCUAAUUUCAAUCUGUUUCAGUCUUCUUCAGUUUGGCCCAUCCAUGACAUCUGUUGUUUCUGUUAUGUUAUUUUAACCUUCCUUUAACGUUUUAAGCAGUUAUUUUUAUGUUUCUCUUCAUUUAACGGGCAUUUUGUAAUUUCCUAAUUUGGCUGCAUUUCGUGACACAGCUCCUUUAAUUU